GGGACUCCUUUCAACAACAUUCUUCUUUACCCAGGCUACUGUUAGGGCGACAUCCACUGCGUCUCGGACUUUAUCGUUAGAGUUUAUGUUUGCUAGCAUUUUAGAUCAGUAGUUGUGUUGUCUUGUCUAAUCUGGCCCUCGUAGUGAGAUAGAAACUAUUCGCGCUACCGUAAACUCGGCUUCAGCUGGUAGAGCUUGUUAGCUAGCUUACCUAGCCAGUACCAUAGCUACCAGUAGAUUUGCGGCUUAUAUCCGUGGCUGCCCUGCCAGGUAGAUCAACUAAAGCUCCAGGCGCUGGUCAGCCACAAUGGUUUGGUCAGUUCACCAAUAUCUGAUUAAUGACAUUGGUAAAUAAUUCAUCUGAUCUGGGGACAAAUCAACGCAACCUUUGUUUGACUUGUGCGCAGCCUGGCUGGUUUGGCCUGUUUCAUUGUCUUCGAACAUCGAAAACACAAGUUGUUAUUCAGUGUCUGUAGGUUGUUUGGCUAGUUAGGCUAACCUAGUCAGCUGUCGACCCAGAUCAUCUUAAAAGCCACCUGGUCCAGUAUGGCGCAACACGACCACUCUCAUGUAGCCAGUUCACAGAAAGCACUCAUGUUGGAAAUGAAGAGCCUUCAGGAGCAGCCUGUCGAGGGAUUCAAAAUAACACUGGUGGACGAGGCUGACAUGUACAACUGGGAAGUGGCCAUUUUCGGACCCCCAAACACUCACUACGAAGGGGGGUAUUUUAAGGCUCGGAUCAAGUUCCCUAUAGACUAUCCAUAUUCCCCACCUGCCUUCAGGUUCCUCACCAAGAUGUGGCACCCCAAUAUCUACGAGAAUGGAGAUGUGUGUAUUUCUAUAUUGCACCCUCCAGUGGAUGACCCGCAGAGUGGAGAGCUGCCUUCAGAGAGAUGGAAUCCCACCCAGAAUGUCCGGACCAUUUUGCUGAGUGUGAUCUCCCUGCUGAAUGAGCCCAACACCUUCUCUCCCGCCAAUGUGGACGCCUCCGUCAUGUACCGCAAGUGGAGGGACAGCAAGGGCAAGGAUCGAGAAUAUGUAGAGAUCAUCAGGAAACAAGUAUUGGCCACCAAGGCAGAAGCUGAGCGCGACGGCGUCAAGGUGCCCACCACGCUGGCCGAGUAUUGCGUCCGCACACGUGCCCCGGCCCCCGAUGAAGGCUCCGACCUCUUCUAUGACUACUACUAUGACGACGACGAUGUUGAGGACGGGGACGGCGACUGCUGCUACGAUGAGGAUGACUCAGGCAAUGAGGAGUCCUGACGUGCUUUUCACCAGUGCCCUCAAUCUAGCUGACAUACGCUACCCCCUCCCUUUUUCUGUCUGGGUCGCCAGAAAUUCUAGGUUGACAACCAAGAAAGAUUUGAAGUUUCCCACUUCUAGACAAAUGAAAAGAGCAGUUUUUUUCUUGAGCCUCUGAAUUUGUGUUCAGAGGCAAAAAUCGAUGCACCGUUGUGGAAGGGUCAGACCUGGUAAGAUUUGCACCAGCACAAAAGUCACCAGUUUGUUCAGUUUUCUUCAGCAGUUUUCAUAAUCACCUGAAACCUUACUUUGAGAGAAUAACUUCAACUAUUACUUAAUCCUCCUGAGUCGUUCAGUCUCCUGUACAGUGUAUGGUAUUGUGGGGUUAAUACCACUGUUAACAAUAGCAACAUUUGCACUGGUGCAAACACUUCCAAACUUUGCUCAGCGUCUCUCUUGCAUAUCUUUAUUUCCCUAAUUGUAACUGGGUGUUGCUCACCAGUAGUCGGUCCCAGUGACUGGCAGAAGGUUGAGGACUUCAAGCGGCCUGUUUGUGUUGAACAGUCUACUGCAAAUACAUUGAAUCAGACAUUUUCAUGUUUCACAGCCUCGCUUCAAUGGGACGGGAUGUCACGGGACGAUGUUUUCAAAGUUCUUGUGCAUGCCAGAACUUCAUUGGAAGCUUUUUGUCUCUUUUACUGGUGGACUGUUUACCUACAUCAUGAUCUGUUUCAGCUCGCUGAUAAGAAAGACUUGUGUUGAUGGAGAUGCCAGAGACCUUUGUAUCUGGAGGACCAGCUGGCCAGCUGAGUCAGUGGAUCAGGUCCUCGUGGACAUUUUUGGCAACAUGAAAUUGAUAUUUGCUGUGUUUCUUCUGAUUACUGUUGGAUGUGUUUCUCUGUCAUUUUGAGUGUGGGGAUUAUGUUAUUUGAAGUAGCUCAGAUUUAAAUUGCGUAGGAUGACCAAGUUUUUUGUGGGGAGCGGAACUGAUUAAAUAUCGGAUUUGUAUCUCUCCUCAGGUUUGCUCUUUUAGAGGCCUGAUGGAGCCAAAGACCUAAAACAAUGUAAAAGAAAGCCCAAAACAUUUUAUCACUGUUUGUUGUAUUCUUGUCUUUGUUUGCUCCCUUGCGAGCUUUGUUAUGGUAGUCUCUUUCUUUGGUUAGACAUUAUGCCUGCAAUCUUUGCUUGAGAAUGAUUUAUGUGAUGAGAUUAUUAGGUUUGAUUGGCAAAAAAAAAGCUUCUGUAGGACAAGUGUCUGUCAAAAGAUGUUGUUGCAGUAUCAGUCGGGAUUGUCAAAGUUUUUCAGCCCUGGAGGUGGAGGAAAACAAGGCCGCCGUGUUUUAAUUUUAAUUUCUAUUCUUUGUGUCAGUUGAGAUCGGACAGGUUUUGAUAUACUUUUUAGAGCGCAUGAGUGUCCUCCUUGUGUAUUUUUGCAUCAGCAAUAUUGAUUGUUUCAUUUACUCAAAUUGGCACUUCAUACUGAAUUUCUCAGGAUAAUGAAUUACAUAUGACAAAACAAUUAAGACAAGCAACGAUUUUCCUCAUUUAGGUGGUCUUUAGAGUUGGUUUACAGCUUUAACAGGAACCAUAACAGAUAUGCACAUGUAGCUGUAUGGAUGAUCGCCGUAUUGUUCUUUUCACCUGUCUUUAUUUUUUAUUUUCGGCUAUUUAAAACUGAAAAAUAAAGAUUUAUUGGGAA